AUGUCGGACCGAAGCAUAAGCACCCGAUCACCGAGGCUGGCCUGGAUCGCUUCUUGCAGCGAUGCACUCAGCUGGAGCAGCUCCGCCUCCGCCUUAGAAGCUCCAGAACUAGAGAGCCUCGCCUCUCUCACCACUCUUCAUAUCGCCUCCCCGGAGUUGACCGAGGAGCAACUGGCCAACGUGCGCCGUCUUCCCAGCAUCACCAGCCUUUCACUCUCUGCCUGGACCACGUUUUCUCCUAAUGGAUGGGCUUCCUUCGCCAUCGCACAGCUGCCGCUGAUCAAAUCGCUGGACACGCUGUCGGAUUGGCCAGUGACCAGUCUUGAACGGCUGCAGAUAUCAUAUUGCGGAGAAUUGAAGCGGCUUCCGGACAGCAUUGCGGAGUUUCUGCCGCGUCUGCGUGAGCUGACCGUUUCCAGGUGCCAGGCCUUCGAGGAGCUGCCGAAGGGUGUCUGCUCCCUGAAGCACCUCGACACCUUGUCAGUCAUCAAAUGCGACCAAUUCCGCUGCCUGCCUGAAAGCAUCGGGAGAUUAUCUGCCCUGAAAACCCUGGUUCUGUACCAUCUGCCGCUGCUGGCGAGCUUGCCUGCCUCCAUCUGCCAGCUCAGCUCCCUGGAGACGUUCUUCCUGCUCUCGUGCAAGUCGAUCCGCGAGCUGCCAGCAGGGUUCGGCUGCCUCACAGCUCUCGCGACGCUCUGCCUGGGGCGAGUGGCGCUUCCAGCGGACAUAGGACGCCUCAGUAACCUCCACACGCUGCUUGUGACAAACAGCUUCGGAUAUCCGCAUCUCCCGUGCUCGUUAUCGUCAAUAUCCGAGAUCACGUCGCUGACAAGGCUUGAGCUGAACGAGUGCGGCGUGGAGUUGCUGCCAGAGGGCGUGGGGUCGCUCAGCAACCUGCGAGAGCUGCACGUCUCGACCUGCCCUCAUCUCACGGCCCUUCCAGCGUCCGUGACGGGCCUGACUGCCCUGGAAGCUCUCUCUCUCGCCGACUGCGAAAAUCUGGUUUCAGCGCCCACAAGGCUGGAUGGCUUGACACGGCUCAAGCGGCUGGAGGUUGCCCGAUGUGACAUGCUCACACGGCCUCCUCUAGUCCUGCCGGCGUCCACUGAAUGGCUGAGUUGGGGAGGUUACAGGCGGGCCAUGGCUCUGCCAGACGUCUCCACGCUGACGGGGCUUCGAACGCUCCGCCUGGACGUAGUUGCAGUGGCAUGUGGAGUCGCUGUGAGCAGGAGCCUAUCGCACCUGGAGCAUUUGCAGUUGAGGUUGGCUGAUGAUGCUGAGGAGCUUCCAUUCGCCUUGACGUUCCUCUCCCACCUGCGCACCCUGGUUGUGGACUACGCAAGGAACCUUCGAAGGCUGCCGGCCAACAUCGGGUCAGCACUGCCGCAGCUGCGGAAGCUGAAGCUGGAAGCUGCGUACAAGUUGGGCGAGCUGCCAGCGAGUGUGACGGCGCUGCAGAACCUGACGUCCUUGAGGGUUUACUCUGCGCCACUGACCUCUCUUCCGGAUGACAUCGGUGCCUUAUCCCGGUUGCGCGAGCUGCACCUCGUUCACUCCGUGAACCUUGAGCUGCCUGCCUCUCUCACCCAGCUUACCCGCUUGAACCACCUGUGGAUCUCAUGCUACCACGUCCGCUCCCUGUGCCCCACCGUUUCCCAGUUCACGCGGCUCAGAUCCCUCAGUUUGACCGGCUGUGCGUCGCUGGAGGCAUUGCCGGGGGAUUUGAGUGCGCUGACGGCACUGCGGAGCCUGCAUGUGGCGGAGAGUGUGCAUCUGACUGACAGUGAUGGGUAUGUGCUGCCCAGAAGCAUCGAUGAGGUGUACGGGCUCCAAGUAUCCACAAGCUGGUGGUAG